AAUAUUAUAAUUCAUAUUUCAUAUUAUUUAAUAUUUUCAAUAAUAUUUUCAAUUUUCAUAUAGUCAUAUUAUGUUCUGCAAACAGUGCAAACAUAACAUAUUUACGUAUUAUAUAAAUAUAUUAUCGCCCAUCGGUAUUCGAUAGUCGAUACUGUUAAUAUAAUGUAAUAUGUAAAUGUAUUUUAGAAUCAGAACAGUAAUUUUAAGUAUUGCUCAAAGAGGAGAAAUAAUCAACGCCUGCAUUUUAAUGAUCGUAUAGUCAUAUCGAUUCGAUUAAUUAUUAGAGAAAUGCAUUUUUCGUAAUUAUACUAAAAUUAUAGCACAAAAUGAGUACUUUACAUAAAAAUUGUCUUGCACAGCCUGGACGUAAAAAAGUUCAAAUUUCAUUUGUUAUUCGUGAUGAAGAAGAACGUAGACAUAGAGCUGGUAUUAAUUCCCUACAGUUGGAUUCCAAACAAGGAAUAUUAUAUUCUGCCGGUCGAGAUGGAAUAAUACGACAAUGGGAUGUCCGAGAUAAUGUUGAAGCUACAUAUUUACGGUCAUUAGAACAUCACACUGAUUGGGUUAAUGAUAUUGUACUAUGUUGCGGAGGAAAUUAUUUAAUUUCUGCAAGUUCAGAUACCACUGUUAAAUUGUGGGGACUUCGAAAAGAAAAUACUUGUCUAUCAACCUUACGAACACAUAAAGAUUAUGUUCGAGCUUUAGCAUAUGCUCGUGAUAAAGAAGUAGUCGCAUCAGCUGGGUUAGACAAAACAAUAUUCAUGUGGGAUGUUAAUAUGUUGACUACUUUAACUACUACUAACAAUACUGUUACAACGGCUUCCCUGCCUGGUAGCAAAAAUUCUAUUUACAGUUUGGCAAUGAACAAUAGUGGUACAGUUUUAAUUAGUGGAAGUACAGAAAAAAUUUUACGAGUAUGGGACACAAGGACAAGUGACUGUAUGAUGAAAUUGAUUGGUCACACAGACAAUGUAAAAGCUUUGGUUGUAAGUCGUGAUGGUACACAAUGCCUAUCGGGUAGCUCAGAUGGAACUAUUAAAUUAUGGUCUCUAGGACAACAACAAUGCAUUCAAACUUUAAGAAUUCAUAAAGAAGGAGUUUGGGCAUUAGCAGCAACUGAAAAUUUUUCCCAUGUCUUAUCUGGUGGUCGUGAUAAAAAAAUUUAUAUGACAGAUUUAAAAAAUCCUAAUAGGGUUCAACUUAUAUGCAAUGAGUCUGCUCCGGUUGUAAAAAUGGUUACAACGCCUGAUAUGAGUGCUGUUUGGGUAGCCACAUCUGAGUCCUCAAUUAAUUGCUGGCGAUUAAGAAAAAGUGAUGAAACAGCUGAUUUUGAAGAUGUUCCAACAGAACCAUACAAUCAAGAACCAUUUAGGACACUUAAAGGAGCUGCUGCUAUACGAAAAUAUCAUGUACUGAAUGAUAAACGAACUAUAUUGACACAAGACACAGAAAAAAAUGUUUCGGUUUAUGAUGUUCUUAAGGCUUCUAAACUACAAGAUUUAGGUGAAGUCGAUUUUGAUGAAGAAAUAAAAAAACGACACCGUAUAAUAUAUAUACCAAACUGGUUUAGUGUUGAUUUAAAAACAGGGAUGUUGACGAUUCAUUUGGGACAAGAUGAAAAUGAUUGUUUUGCAGCUUGGGUUUCUGCUAAGGAAGCAGGAAUUAAUGUCACAGAUGAUAACUUAAGAGUAAAUUAUGGCAAUCGGAUGUUGAGAUCAUUGUUAGAAAAUUGGCUCAAUCGCAUUCAAACAGAUCAUGGGUCUUCUGACGGAGCCCAGUCUACUGAACUCAAUGCUCAGACAAAACUAGAUUCGCAAUGUUGUAGAAUUCCUAAACAUACACCACUUAUGAUAAGUGAAGUUGGUGGCCGGUGUUUGUAUAGGAUGUUAGUCAGUCAGGCUGGAGAUGAAAAUGAUGUUUCAAUUUUAAACGAAACUAUUCCUUCUUGGGUUAUGAAUGUUAUUGUUGAAAAAAGUAUACCUAAAGCCCUCAAGAUAUCAUUUUAUCUUGUGCCACUAUCAAAUACUUGUAUUAGGCCUGUAAAAAAUGGUACUCUUCGUCCGAGUCGAGAUCGCUUAGUGGCAAAUGACUUUAUUCAAGUUCAGAAAAUAGCUGAGUAUAUUCAUGAAAAAUUGUCCGAAAAUGAUGGAAGUGGUCCAUAUAAUAAAACCUCCGAUUGCAUAAGUAAUCAUCUACAGGGAAAUACACCAGAGAAAAAUUUUGAACUAAGUUGUAAUGAUCAAAUACUUUCUCCUACAAUGGAUUUAAGGACUUUGAAACAUUUCAUUUGGAAAUCUUCAGCUGAUUUAACAAUAUACUUCAAGGCCAAACAUUAAAAAGUAAUUUUUACUUCAUGGUAUAUUUUAAAUUAUUAUCUUCUUAUUCUUUAUUUAUUUAGUUACUUUUUUAAUAUAUAAUAAUGGUCAACCAAUUUUUAUAAAUUUGUUGAUACAUUUUUUGCCAUUGUUUGCAAAUAAAAUAAAUGUGUAUUAAAUUAUGAUGAUAUUGUUAUAAGUUAAAAAAUGUAUUCACAUCAAAAGUAUUAAUGAUAAACGUUAAAUUCAUAUCACACACAAAAAUAAGUGUAUUUUAACUAAUCUGUAUAUAAUAUAACCAAACAUAAAUUAAAUUAUAUUAUUACCAUGUAAAAAAUAUUGGCAUCAAAUCAAAUUUAAUUUGAUUAUAUUAUUUUCCUAAGACUUACAAAAAUGUUUGAAAAAAAGACUUAUUUUUUUUUUUAUAAUUAUCUCAUUUUAAAUUCAUUAUAAUUUUGGUAACAUUAUGAACACAUACAAAUUGAUACAAAUCAUUUAAAACCAAUUUAUUUAAAGUAAUACACAUUAAUUAUUAUACAAAUAGGCCCGGUAUUAAUUAUUUAACAAACUAAAUUGUAAGAUAUUAAAUUGCAUAAAUUAUCUUUAUUACUUUUUUCUUUCAUAAGAAUUACUUGUUAUAUGAUUUGUGAUAUAAAUAAUAUAGGUUAUUAUUAACUAUAUAUAAUAUAUUAUUAUAUAUUUAAAUACUUUUAGUUGAUAAAAUUAAUAUUAUUAAUAAUUGUACGUAAAUAUUUCCUAAAAAUGAAUUGUCCAGCUUAAACAUAAUCACUAAACUUAGAAUAUAUUAUGUAAUGAAUAUCCCUUUCACAUUGAUACAAUUUUUUUUCAAUUUUUUAGGCAUAUUUUAGGUAAACAGUUCAAAUUGUGUGAGAAUAUUUGAAUUUUUUCCCUAAAACAUGUUGAGUUUAUAACUAAUUAAUUACAGUAGAUCAGGUUAUCAAAAUUAUGUUAUUAAUUGGUAAUUAAUAAUUCCAUUAAAAGUAUUAAUUAUUACUCAGUACUCACAAAUAAUUUGUGAUUUUUUUCAUCAUUGAAGUUAACGAUUUUAACAAAUAGUCAAGUUUAUUUACCAAUAUUAUAUUGUGUGUACACAUAAUAUAAUGUUAUUAUUAUCUCUAUUUUAGAAUCAUGUAUCUAUAUAGAGAAUUAGAUGAGUUAUUAUAACAUUUUAAAUACUCUAAUUGUUUUUUAGUUUUAAUUAUAUUUAAUGCAAUAUUGUGGUUUUCAAUUAAUAAAUUUAUUAUUUUUAAUUAUUUACGUUAAAUUCACUUUUAUUUAAUUUAUUAUUCAAAAACAAAUACUUAGUUAAUGUACAUCAUGACUGAAAAUUUUCAUUAUAUAGAUAGUAACGUUUAACUAUAUUAUUGUAUAUUUAUUCGUGUAUUGCUGAAUAUUAUUAAAUUAUUUAAUAAUGAUUAAGAUUAAAAUAGUAUGUAUAUUUAAUUUUGUCAAAUAUACUUAAUAUUUAUUAUUUAGUUUUAUUGUUGUAUAAACAUCCAUGUAAUAAUUAAUAAUCAAUAUUAAGUACUUAAAAUCAUAUUACUUAUAUAUUAUAGUUAUAUUCAUUUUAUGUUGAUAGGGGGGGGGGGGGCACUUCCAAAAAUAUUACUAUACAAUAAUAAAGAUUUUUUUAUAAAUAUUUCAUAUAAUUCAUGUAUUUUUGUAAAAAAUGUAUGAAUAUUUAUUUACUUACUACAGCUGAUUAGUGAUCACGUAAUACACUAAUUCAGUAAUUGUGCCUAGUUUUGGAAUAUCAUAAUAAAUAUAUAAUCCAGUUA